CCUAUCGCUAAGCUUUACAGAAGCGCACCCCUGUGAGAAAGCGUCGUUUUUUUCCGCCUUUCCUUGAGGCGUCGCUGCGCAAAAAGCGAGCGCUUUUAAUCGCCUCUCACAAAAAGCGACGGGUAGGUCAAAGCUGAGCAGGUAUUCUUCUUCAGAGCCGCGACAACCAGGAACGACGCCAAUCUGCUGAGCCGCUGAAGACUGAGUUAUUCUCCUUUCUUCUUCGGUUCUUCCAGCUGCUGAGGACUGAGACUCUCUUGUCCCAUCACUCAUGAAAAAGGUUAUUUGAGUCAUCGAGGAGAAUAUGCUGAAGCUUGUGUCUCAUGAGUUGUAUACACGUGCAAGGAACACAAUUAGGCCUUUUUUGAAUGCACAAAUAAGCGCUUCUAUUCACAGUGGUCAGACCCGUUGCUCGCCUAGAAGUUUUUUCGGGGUGGAGGAUUUUGUAGAUGAUGACAAUAGCCGGCCAUACACGUACCAGAAGGGAAAAAAGUCAAAGAACCCAGGCAAGCACAUUUCUUUCAAACAAAGGACGGGUGCUUUCAUGGAACCCUUCACGCUUGAUGUCUUCAUCUCGAAGCGCUUUGUUUCGGCCUCAAUCACACACAGAGUCACUUGCAAGCAGGUCGCGGUCGCAGGUACAAAUUCGAAGGAUAUAAAAGCAAUGCUGAAAUCAAGGAGCGACAUACCCGCGUGUUUGUCCGUUGGACGGAUUUUGGCUGACAGGGCAAGAGAAGCCGAUGUGUAUACCACUGCUUACACUCCCCGUGAUAGUGACAAAUUUGAAGGUAAAAUCAGGGCUGUGGUUCAGUCCCUCAUUGAUAGUGGCAUUGAUGUAAAAGUGUACCUUGACUGACCAGAUGAAACAUUUUGCCUCUAAUUUCCUUCUAAUACUGUUUUUAACGUUAAUUUGGAGAUUGUUAUCGUGUUUUACUGUCAUUAGACUUUAGAGAGCUUUUAGCUGAGUGAAUAUCUAAG